UCAUGGGCUGACGUCACGUCGAGAAGUGAAGCCCCAUUUGCUGGAUCUAACAGCGCAUAGUAUGGCAUCCAUUCACUUGACUUCCAUUCAAUCUCAUACGGUAUCAUGUCCACUCAGAACUUGAACAUUGGCCCUAAUCGCUCUUCCGGUCACAAGGAAGCGACCGAGGACCACACGACCGCUGCAAAGCUCGACUCACAGGGUGAGGGAGGUGAUCCCAAGGGUUUGCUUCAGAACCGUCUCCUCAACUCGGACCGUGUGGGUCGAGCAGCUCUCUUUGACCAAGAUGAUUUCCUCUGCGUCGCCUCGUCCAAGAAGCCAUUCGACCUCGAACCUGAUCAAGUCAGAAAAAUCCUCGAUGGCAUGUUGACCUUUGCUCGACAAGGCGAUCCAACGAUGGCCAGUGGAGAUGGACACCCUCCGACCAAACUUCACGUCGGAUCGGAAGGCACCGCAGACGUGACCAAUGGUACUGCCGACUAUAUCCAGGCCACGCUCAAUGGCAAGCCAUUCGUCGCAGCUAGAAGUGCCACAUACGUGCUCCUCGUCGAAGGCGUCGACGGAACUGAUGAAGGCGCUUUGAUCACUACCAUCCAGUCGUUCACCCAGGGCUUGGAGGAGCUGACUCUCUAAAUUGUGCAUUGUAACUUACAUCUGCCUGACAGGUAGCUCUGUACAUUUUUCGCAACAACCCUAUCAUGCAUUGAAAUGACCUCC